UCAUUCACCCACAAUCACCAGUCUUGCUUACAGCCUAAAACUUACCAAACCAUAAAAACCAACACACACACACAUUACACUUAUCUAUAUAUACAUUACAUAUAAUCACACAAACACAUGCUCGCACAUACACACAUAUCUUUUAUGUAUGUGUGUAUAUAAAUACAUAUAAACACAUAUAUACAUUACAUAUAACCACACACACACACAAACUCAUACACAGACACAUACAUUAUACUACCUUGCAGUGUUCCUAAUAAGAAGAAAUAAGAUUUGAGAGAAAACAUGUCGGCUCAAGGCUUACAUUGGUUCAUCAUACCUUUAUGUCUUCUAAUAUCAGUUUUGCGUGUCACCAGCCUACAAUGUUUUCAUUGUUCCAGCUCAGCUCCUGGUUCCAAAUGUGAAACGGGUGUUAAGGAAUUUGCCAAGUACAACAGUUCUAAAUUUGCACAAAACUGUUCUGACUACAGUUUUCAAGGCAAAGCUUUCUGUGCCAUUGAAACCAGAUUUAUCAAUGGUAAGAGUUCAUAUUUGAUUAGAGAAUGUUCUGAUGGAAACACUUUCACCUUCGAUAAGAACUACGAUACUUUCCACAAAUUACGAUACCUUAAUCCUGAGAAAAACACAACACUAUGUACCUUUUUCAACGGCAUAUUGUGUUUGACAAUAUGUGAAACAGAUUUUUGCAAUGGUCCUCAAAGUACGGCUGUGAUAAAUUCACACACACCUGCAUUGGUCAUUACUUUAGCAACAGGCAUUUUGGCUUUGUUGCAGUCAUACUAAAAGAAAAUACUCAAAUUUGAUUUUUUUUUUUUUUUUUUUACAUUUUUGUUGUUGUUUUUGAGGCUUAUUUUUUCUGAGCCAUUGUGAAUAAUGCAGCAUUUAUCAAGAUUACAGUUACAUGUGAUGUCUGUUAGCAACAACCAAUUCAUGUGAGAAUGUCAUGUCUGUUAGCAACAACUUGUAUACUGCAAAUUAGCAACAACUGGAGAUGGUGUAAGGUUGUGGGGAAGGAAAGUGAGUCACAGCACUCAUUCAUAAUGAACCCCAUCUCAAAAUGGAAAUGUAUGGGGGUGGGGUGCAAGAGUGUGUCACAGCGCUUACUCAAAACACAUUUUGACUACAGACACUAUUGAAAUAUGCUAAUUUUGUUGAUAUUGUAAAAACAAAUAUGUAAACAAUUACUAAUACUGUAAUAUAUAUAUACAUAUAUAUAUAAGAUUUUCUAACAAAAAUAAAAAUAAACUGGUGGCGUCCCAUUUUAAGAAUAUAUAUGUCAUAUGAAAGAUUCCCAAUAUGAUUGAAAACUUUUACUCACUAAGCAGACAAUGUUGGAAUUUAGUAACCUAUUGAACCUAAUUUCUGUCCUUCACCAUAUUGUUACAAUGAACUAUAUACACAUAAUAUAUAUAUAUAUACAUUGCAUACAAGUGUGUGUGUGAGUUAAAAUUAAAGUUUAAAUUUAAAAUUUUAACUUUGCAUGUUGGGUGUGUCACUUCACUAGUAGUAAGCUGACAAAGUGUGUUUGCUGCCUAUGGCUACAUGGUGUCAUCCACAGUAAUUGCACCAUCACCGCUGGAUGUAUGAUAGGAAUUCCUCAGUGUACGUUGACUAAAGACAAUGGAUAUGGAAGAUAAAGUAUACUGGAAACUUUAUUUAUCACAAUGUGUCAAAACGAUUGUUGCGAUAAAUAAAGCUUCCAGUAUUCUCUAUCUUCCAUAUCUAUUGCUUCUACUAUGUCAGUGAUUCCCAGCCUGGGGUCUGCAGAUUCUAGGUGGUUCACAAAGGUAGUACUGGGGGUCUGUGAACUAAAUUCAAGAUUCCAUAUAUUUAUAUAUUUAUUUAUAUAUAAGGAUAAGCAUAUUAAAAGGGUGUUUAAAUGAAAGGCUUGGAAACCACUGUUGGGAACCACUGUAUUAUGUAUAUGUUUGUGUAUAAAUAAAUAGUGUGUGUCAAAAGUUACACAUUAAAAGAUUUGACACUUAUAAAUUAUUAUUAUCAUUAUUA